AUGUCUUUCCCACAUUCACGAGCGCAAUCGGAAGUCUUCUCAGCAUCCCAAUAUGAUGGACCAAUCAUUAAACGAUCACGUAUGCAACUUAAUUAUUUCAUCAUUCCAACUUUCAUCUUAUCAGUUGUUGGCUUAGCAUGCUUAUGGACAUUAUGGUACUAUAUGAGUUUCACGACCGUAUUCCCCUAUCAUCAUCGAGUAUUUCAAUGUCGUGACGUUCUCUUCUAUAGGCCCAAUUUUCAGUCAGAGGAUUUCAAUGUCUAUGUAUCCUAUGCUCUCCUUUAUGCGCUUGGUUUCACAUUACCGCCAUUUGUUAUGUUUAUCGGUGAAAUAAUGUUUUGGCUAUUCUCCACAAAACCGAGGAAGGCAGUUUAUGCUGGUUGUGGCGAAUGUAAAAUUCAUUUAUUAACUCGACGACUUAUGCGAUUUAUCGGUGUAUUCAUGUUUGGUGCACUUAUAACACAAAUAUUUGUUUAUGCGAUCAAAUUUAUGACUGGUUAUCAUCGGCCAUAUUUUUUGUCCCUUUGCAGACCAAACAUAAGUGCAUGUACAGGACCGCUCGAGCAAUCGCCAUCACCAUCUCCCUUCUUGGCCUGUUUAAAUCGGAAUCCAAACGAUUUGCGCUACGCUUCACUUUCAUUUCCAUCACUCCAUGCGGCAUUUUCAUCAUUUUCGUGCACAUUUGCUUCGUGCUACAUUUAUUACAUGAUCAGUCUACGUAGUGCGCCUUUGCUGCGACCAUUUCUCAUAUUUGGUUUCAUGGGUCUUACAUUAAUUGAUUCAUUUUCUCGAAUCAGUGGUUACAAGAAUCAUUGGAGAGACAUUUGGGUUGGAUGGUUGAUCGGUUUUUUUAUCGCGCUUUUCCUGUGUCAUUCUGUCCAGUGUUUCCAAGAGCACUAUUAUUAUUCAGCAAAAAAACCGAUAACAUUGGAGGAGCGCGUAAGUCCAUUCUUUCAGUGGUUUAGAUUACCACGUAUACAAGCGCCUUCUUUGAAAGAAGAAUACACGGUCUACGAGGAAGACAUUCCACAACCGAUAGCUCCAACAUCUACCGCAGCACGUCAUCGUCGAAGUCAAGAUCGUACCUAUGAGGUUACUACAACAACCGAAAGCUUUCAUCGUACCAUUUCUCCACCACAGCAACAGCAACAGCAAAACGGUUACAGUAGUUAUUGA